GGAGGAUGCGCCGCCUCGCCCCGGCCGCGCCAGCCAGACGGGGGAGACGAUGAGGGAGCCGCCCCGCCGGCCGCUGGCGCUGGGCUCCUGCCUCCUGCUCUGCGUCCUGCUCUGGCUUUCUGUUUGGAAUGUCUUUUGUAAAGACAGUCUCUCAUCAGCAGUGCAGUAUGCUUCAGGUGAUGCUUGUGCCCUGGCCAGUGAGGAUGAAAAUGUCCAGGAAAAGGGGAAAGAGGCUGCUCCCAGUUUGGAGCCUGAGCGUGGGGACUCCAGUACACGGAGUUACUCCAUGGAAGAGCUGCUCAAUGACCUGACAAAAUCUGACCAGACAACAGAAGUAAGUGAAACAAGCCAGCCUGAAGCUGUGAGUCCACCUUCAGUAGAUGUAAACGAAGCUUCCUCCAGCAUAGUCCCAAGCACUGAAAACACUUCCAAUUCACCUACCUCAGAGAUUCCUCCAGUCUCACAGCCCGAUGCAAUAGAGAAUUCCCGUGCUGAUAUCCCUGUAGUCAGCUCUAGUGAAGCUGAGCAGUCAGAACCUGACUGUGAUAUUGGUGGGACACUUGAGGCUGACCCUCAGAGUGAGCCUUCCUCUUUUGUCAGUCCACCAGAGAGCCUUGCAGGCCAACAUAUAGAGAACAUAUCAUCUUCACAUGGCAAGGGAAAGAAGACAAAAUCUGAGUUUGAGUCCAAAGUUUCAGCAGCUGAAAAGGGAGCAGAUGAGCAGAAAUCUGCUCUUAAUGCUUCAGAGAACUUAAAAAGGGAGAAGGACUUUAAGAAGACAGGAGAAAUUGACCCUACAUCAGUAAUAACUCCAAAGGACCCUGGAGACAUUCCAACAUUUGAUGAAUGGAAGAAGAAAGUCAUGGAAGUGGAGAAAGAAAAGAGUCAGUCAAUGCACCCUUCUGCUGUUGGUGGGCAGCAUUCCACUAAAAAGGUCCAGAAAAACAGAAAUAACUAUGCCUCUGUAGAGUGUGGUGCCAAAAUUUUGGCAGCAAAUCCAGAGGCAAAGAGCACUUCAGCUAUUUUGAUGGAAAACAUGGAUCUUUAUAUGCUCAAUCCUUGCAGCACUAAAAUCUGGUUUGUUGUUGAGCUCUGUGAACCAGUGCAAGUAAAGCAGUUUGACAUUGCAAAUCAUGAAUUGUUCUCUUCCACUCCUAAAGACUUUCUGGUGUCAAUUAGUGACAGGUAUCCAACAAACAAAUGGAUUAAAUUAGGUACUUUCCAUGCCAGAGACGAGAGGAAUGUCCAGAGCUUUCCUCUGGAUGAACAAAUGUAUGCAAAAUAUGUCAAGAUGUUCAUCAAGUACAUAAAGGUGGAGUUGAUAUCACACUUUGGAUCAGAGCAUUUUUGUCCUUUAAGUCUUAUAAGAGUAUUUGGUACUAGCAUGGUUGAAGAGUAUGAAGAAAUAGCUGAUUCUCAGUAUCAGUCUGAACGACAGGAACUGUUUGAUGAAGAUUAUGAUUAUCUAUUGGAUUAUAACACAGGGGAAGAAAAAUCUUCAAAAAAUCUUCUUGGUUCUGCUACAAAUGCUAUCCUGAGUAUGGUGAACAUUGCUGCUAAUAUGCUUGGAGCCAAAACUGAAGACUCAUCUGAAACUGAAGCUGGGAACAAAAGUGUGUCUGAAAAUAUCACUGCCACCCCUGCAACUUCAACAGCUGCUCCAAGACUGCCUGAACCAACACCUGUUCCUUCACCAGAACUUGUUACUACAGAUAUUCCACAGCUGGAGAAAGAGCAAUUAAUGGUGGAUUUGACUAAAGAAAGCCCAAUUGUUCAGCUAAUGCAAGAGUAUGAAGAGGAUACAAGCCAGUCCACCGUAACUCUGCUGUCCAGUGAUGAGCAGGAAGAGGAAGCAGCAGCAUGGUUUGAACUGGAGGCAGAGGAGUACUGCUGUGACAUGGCAGCAGUGUGCUGCAUUUCCACCUUCUCUGAAUACCUGUUCAAGUGGUGCUCAGUUGCAGCAGCCAUGCAUCGACAGCUCAGUAAGACUGGAGGUGAGGAGAGGCCACCUUACCCUGUGGAUGUGCAGCAGCCGCAGCCAGCUCUGCCUGAAUCUGCCCAGACAGCAGCAGAGGAGCCUCUGCCUGAGCAGUCAGACAGCAAAGCUGAGAAACUCCCUGGCACUGCUGUUGCAGUUGACUUUGGUGCAGCCCGUGAGGAGAUCAGUAAUGAGACCACAGAGUCCAUUGAGCUGGAGCCAAGCCAUCCUCAGACUGUCUCUCAGUCCCUCCUCCUAGAAGUUACUUCUGAAGUGAAGCCAUCCCCCACAACAGACAUGGUGCUGGAGCCUCCAAAGGUAGACUCGGGCCAGGUGGCCCCAAGGGCCACUCCCCAGGUGGAAGUGCCAGAGCUCAGCACUGGAAUGGAAAAGGCUGAGAGCUCAGUUGUAGAAGAAAGCCUUGAGACUAGUGUGGCUACUGAGGUAAAGGAGAUGAGCACCAGAGAGACUGUUGCUACUCCAGUGAUUGCAAAGCCUACAGAGGCCAUUGUGCAGCCUGAAAGCACGGUGGACGUGGGAGCCAGUGAUGCUGUGGAGGGAAAGGAGAGCACUCCAGAAGUGCAGAAACCUGUGGUGCCUCCUGUGGAGUCUCCUGUGCCUGCAGAGACAAAGGAGGAGGAGCAGGCAGCAGAGGAAGCUUUGCUGGCCAUUCCGGUCUCAGGGGGGCCACAGAGAACAGCCACUGAUUUCUAUGCUGAGCUGCAGAACUCCACAGAGCUGGGCUAUGCCAACGGGAACCUUGUGCAUGGAUCCAACCAGAAGGAAUCUGUCUUCAUGCGCCUCAACAACCGCAUCAAGGCCCUGGAAGUGAACAUGUCCCUCAGCAGCCGCUACCUGGAGGAGCUCAGUCAGAGGUACCGAAAACAAAUGGAAGAAAUGCAGAAGGCUUUCAAUAAAACAAUAAUUAAACUUCAGAACACCUCAAGAAUAGCAGAAGAGCAGGAUCAGCGUCAGACAGAGGCAAUCCAGCUGUUACAAGCACAGCUCACCAACAUGACCCAGCUGGCUUCCAAUCUGUCAGCGACCGUGGCGGAGCUGAAACGUGAGGUUUCUGACCGCCAGACUUACCUGGUGAUCUCUCUGGUUCUCUGCCUCAUUCUGGGCUUGGUGCUCUUUGUGCAGCGGUGCAGGAGCCCUUCUCAGUUCUGUGAAGAUUACCUCUCAAAAAUUCCCAAAAGCAAUCACUACCCUAGCCCCAAAAGAUGUUUCUCUUCCUACGAUGAUAUGAAUUUGAAAAGAAGAACUUCUCUUCCACUGGUCAGAUCCCAGUCUUUUCAGCUAGCUGGUAAAGAAGUGGAUGCAGAGGAUCUGUACAUUGUGGAGCCCCUGAAGUUUUCCCCAGAGAAGAAGAAGAAGCGUUGCAAGUACAAAAGUGAAAAACCAGAGACUAUUAAGCCAACAACAGAGCCCCUGCACCCGAUAGCCAACGGGGAGAUCAAAGGAAGGAAGCCCUUCACGAACCAGAGGGACUUCUCUAACAUUGGGGAGGUUUAUCACUCGUCCUACAAGGGCCCUCCAUCUGAAGGGAGCUCCGAGACGUCGUCCCAGUCGGACGAGUCCUAUUUUUGUGGCAUCUCGGCGUGCACGAGUCUGUGCAACGGGCAGACCCAAAAGACAAAAACUGAGAAGAGAGCUCUCAAACGGAGACGGUCGAAAGUUUCAGACCAAGGGAAGCUCAUAAAAACUCUAAUACAGACUAAGUCGGGGUCCAUGCCAAGUCUGCAUGACAUAAUCAAAGGAAACAAAGAUAUAACAGUGGGAACGCUCGGUGUCACGACAGUCUCUGGACACAUCUAAAGCUAGCUGAACUUCUCAAACAGGAGAGUGUUUGUUCGUUUGAGAACAGUCUGUGGUAUUCUGUGGGAGGAUAGUGGGAGACGAAGAGCUCGACUCGUUGGAAAGUAUUCAGAAAUUUGGUUUCUGCCUUUUUAAAUAGAUGGGAUUGUGUCAAUCUUGGCUAUAAGCUGCAGCUUUACAAGGCUGAUAAUUUCCUAUGAGAACAGCUUGUGGGGGAGGG